AUGGUGGCGGCGAGAAUGUUGCAGCCGCUGCGCCCAGUGAAUCUAUCGUCGUGGCUGCAGCGCCGAUCGGAUCCGUCGAGGCCCCGCGCGGACGCGAGGGCGCUCUCGACUGCGGCUUCCGAGUGCUCCGACGCCCCGUCCGCCCUGAAGGGGCCCCCCCGGUGGCUUGCCGUGCACGGCCUGGACCCGGCCGCGCCCGCCGAGACACUCAUCUUUGUGGAUGUAGACGGCGUGCUGAACCUCGCAGUGCGCGAUCCAGAGGACGCCGCCCCUGUGGGCCUCAGCCACGAGAACAUCGACGUGGCGCGAAAGGUCUGGGGCAUGCGCAAGCGCAGGCUGCGAGGAGAACCGAUGAUAGAGCGCAUUAUCGACGUCCACGACCGCAAGCUCGAUGAGGGCGAGGGCGAAGAUGCCACGUACGCGAAGCUAGCCCACCAGGAGGCGGUGGGCUUGUCGGACGUGCUCGUGGAGCGGCUCGCGAGGCUGAUCCGAGCAGCGCCAUGUUGCACGGUCGUAUUGUCUUCAACCUGGCGCAUGCCCGAGCACAAGUUCCGCGCCCAGAGGCUGGAGACGGCCCUCGGCCACCACCUCGGCUCGCCCCGGUGGGCCUUCCACGCACGCACGUCGCUGGAGCCCGAGCGCGGGGCCUCCGACCGGCUGCAGAGGAUAGGCGACUUCGUCGCGGGCCACUUGGCCAAGGGCUGCGGGCGGCGGCAGCUGCGGGUGCUGGUGCUGGACGACUUCAUGGUGAACGCAUUCCACGGCUGGCAGUGCGGGGGCCGGCCGAUGGACUCCUGCGAGGCGGCCGAGCGGUACCUGUCGGACUUCCUGCUCGCGAGCGCCGCCGACGACUCCGGCGGCGGAGGCCCGGACCCCGGGGGCAGGGGAGGGCCGCCCGCCCUCCGAGCGGCCGACGGACCCGGACAGGCUGCGCGGCAUGGAGGCCACGCCGCCCGCCAAGCGCACGGCGCUCUCCGUGGCCAGCCCCACGAAGCUCCGCACCGACGGGACCGAG